CAUCCUGGACAUCUGUGCCGCCCACCCUGCUCUCCUCUUUCUAUCACUCUCACGUUCUCAUCCAGCCAAUGGAAGAAAAUAAAGAGAUAGCAAGCUGUUUUCUCUCCAUGCUGCUAUUCAUCACCCCUAAUCUAUUUCUUUGCCCUUCCUCACCUCUGUCUCUUCACCCUUCUCUUUCCCCAUCACUCUCUCCUUCUGAAGAGCUUCUCCAUUCUCUGUCCCCAUCUCUCUCUCCUUCUGAAGAGCUUCUCCAUUCUAUGUCCCCAUCUCUGUAUCCUUCUGAAGAGCUGUCUGGUUCUAUGUCUCUGACCCAACAUGUAUGUUUUUCCCUGUCUGUCCCCAUCUGCAGGAAGCUGUUGGAGGUGAAGGUCAUUGAUGAUGAGGAGUAUGAGAAGAACAAGACCUUCAUCAUCCAGCUGGGCGAGCCUGUGCUGCUGGAGAUCGGACGGAAACAUGGUCAGUGCAGAGCCCUGCGGGUGCAAAGCUGCCAUUUAGCAGCCUCAUGUUAUCACUGUCAUAUUUAACAGUCUUAAAUGUUCUGUUUCACACGAUCAGUUAUUGGAAAAACACAACAGCUGUAUAUGAAGGAUAGAAUGAUAAUUCUGGUAGUGCUGUAGUUUUUUGUUGUUGCCCCUGGCAGAUCCAUGUUGUUGUAAGUGAUGAGGUUGCGGCACAUAGAAUCACAACACAUGACAUCCUUAACCUGUCAUUUAUGUUAUUCCAAAUAUAGGGAUUAUGUUACUUUCAUAAACCCAUUAGUGGGGAUUGGUAACAUAAACGCCCAUUAAGAAAUACAUAUUGAAAAACAAACACAUCACCGAAAUGUAUGUUAUGGCCAGGAUAUGUCCCUGAGUGUACUAAUGGUUAUAGCUGCACAUUAAUUGGCAUUAGUGACUUGGGGGGGAUUUCAUCAAGACUGAGAGUAGUUGGUUCAUGUUGGAGCUGUUUCUCCAGGCUAUUCUUCUCACUGCACAUGAAUUAUAGUCUUUUACACUAAUGUAAUGUUGUUGGUGCAUUUAAAUGAUUCCUGCAACGCUGAUACCCACGAUAACUUUUUUUUAAAAUAAUCCCCCCUCACAGAACUCUGUAUAUUGAUACAUAGGUAUAGUGUUUAUGCACAGAGCAUUAAUUUGAUAAGUAAAUUACAUUGCGUUUUUGUAUACAGUGAGCUCCAAAAGUAUUGGGACAGUGACAUUAUUAUAAUUUUUUUGGCUCUGUAAUCCAGCCAGCAUGUUGGAUUUGAAAUGACACAAUGACUAUGAGGUUCAAGAGCAGACUGUCAGCUUUAAUUUGAGGAUAUUGCCAUCCACAUCUGGUGAACCGUUUAGAAAUUACAUCCCUUUUGGUACAUAGUCCCUCCAUUUUAGGGGACCAAAAGUAUUGGGACAAAUGCACUAUAUUAAAGUAGUAGAAAGUUAAGUAUUUGGUCCCAUAUUCAUAGCAAGCAAUGACUACAUCAAGCUUGUGACUCUGCAAAUUUGUGGGUAUGCAUUUACUGUUUGUUUUCGUUGUGUUUCAGAUUAUUUUGUGCCCAAUAGAAAUGGGUGGUAAAUAAUGUAUUGUGCCAUUUUGGAGUCACUUUUAUUGUAAAUAAGAAACACUUCUACAUUAAUGUGGAUGCUACCAUGACUACGGAUAAUCCUGAAUGAAUCGUGAAUAAUGAUGAGUGAGAAAGUUAGAUGCACAAAUAUCAUACCCCCAAGACAUGCUAACCUCUCACCAUUAUAAUAACAAGAGAGGUUAGCAUUUUUUUGGGGGGGUAUGAUAUUUGACAUUGAAGUGUUCCUCUCUGCUUCACAGGAGACUCCAAUGAGAACAAGCCAGCCAAUGAUGAGGAGGAGGUGUCCAAGAUGGGCUGUCCCAGCCUGGGAGAACACACCAAGCUGGAGGUGGUGAUAGAGGAGUCCUACGAGUUUAAGGUAACCCACAAAAACAAACCCCCACAGACACCCCCUCUCUCCCCUGUCCCCCUCUCUCUUCUGUCCCCCUCUGUGCCCUUCUCUCCUCUGUCCCCCACAGACACACCCCUCUCUCCUCUGUCCCCCUCUGUGCCCUUCUCUCCUCUGUCCCCCUCUGUGUCCCUCUCUCCUCUGUCCCCCACAGACACUCCCCUCUCUCCUCUGUCCCCCUCUGUGUCCCUCUCUCCUCUGUCCCCCACAUACACCCCCCUCUCUCCUCUGUCCCCCUCUGUGCCCUUCUCUCCUCUGUCCCCCACAGACACACCCCUCUCUCCUCUGUCCCCCACAGACACCCCCCUCUCUCCUCUGUCCCCCUCUGUGCCCUUCUCUCCUCUGUCCCCCACAGACACCCCCCUCUCUCCUCUGUCCCCCUCUGUGCCCCUCUCUCCUCUGUCCCCCACAGACACCCCCCUCUCUCCUCUGUCCCCCUCUGUGCCCCUCUUUCCUCUGUCCCCCACAGACACACCCCUCUCUCCUCUGUCCCCCUCUGUGCCCCUCUUUCCUCUGUCCCCCACAGACACCCCCCUCUCUCCUCUGUCCCCCUCUGUGCCCCUCUUUCCUCUGUCCCCCAAAGACACACCCCUCUCUCCUCUGUCCCCCUCUGUGCCCCUCUUUCCUCUGUCCCCCACAGAUGCACCCCUCUCUCCUCUGUCCCCCAUAGACACACCCCUCUCUCCUCUGUCCCCCUCUGUGCCUCUCUCUCUCCUCUGUCCCCCACAGACGCACCCUCUCUCCUUUGUCCCCCUCUGUCCCUGCAGCAUCAUAUUUGUGACCGGUCUUAUGUUGGAUAAAAGUAGAGACUCAGAGCUACAAAAUGGUAUAUCGUACACUGCAGUUGAGGAACAAUGGGAAAGUAAUUUUGCUUUGAAAGUUAAUAAACUUGUAACCCCACUUUUUAGAAAAUGGCCCUUGAAUGUUUUGGUACACCUACUGGAGAGCUCUUCUUUGUCUACACCUAUUCAGCAUAUUUCACACCCUUUUAAGCCUUAACCCCACCCAUCACUUUAAGGAUUCACAUGUGAGGCCAUGUGCUAAACAGAGUGAGUAAAGAAGAGCAGUAAACAACCAAUGAUUUUCAGACUAAAAGUCUAAAAGAUACAGUGGGGAAAAAAGUAUUUAGUCAGCCACCAAUUGUGCAAGUUCUCCCACUUAAAAAGAUGAGAGAGGCCUGUAAUUUUCAUCAUAGGUACACGUCAACUAUGACAGACAAAUUGAGAAUUUUUUUUCCAGAAAAUCACAUUGUAGGAUUUUUUAUGAAUGUAUUUGCAAAUUAUGGUGGAAAAUAAGUAUUUGGUCACCUGUAGCUCAGCUGGUAGAGCACGGCGCUUGUAACGCCAAGGUAGUGGGUUCGAUCCCCGGGACCACCCAUACACACAAAAAAAAAAUAUGUAUGCACGCAUGACUGUAAGUCGCUUUGGAUAAAAGCGUCUGCUAAAUGGCAUAUUAUAUUAUAUUAUAUUAUAUUAUAUUACCUACAAACAAACAAGAUAUCUGGCUCUCACAGACCUGUAACUUCUUCUUUAAGAGGCUCCUCUGUCCUCCACUCAUUACCUGUAUUAAUGGCACCUGUUUGAACUUGUUAUCAGUAUAAAAGACACCUGUCCAUAACCUCAAACAGUCACACUCCAAACUCCACUAUGGCCAAGACCAAAGAGCUGUCAAAGGACACCAGAAACAAAAUUGUAGACCUGCACCAGGCUGGGAAGACUGAAUCUGCAAUAGGUAAGCAGCUUGGUUUGAAGAAAUCAACUGUGGGAGCAAUUAUUAGGAAAUGGAAGACAUACAAGACCACUGAUAAUCUCCCUCGAUCUGGGGCUCCAUGCAAGAUCUCACCCCGCGGGGUCAAAAUGAUCACAAGAACGGUGAGCAAAAAUCCCAGAACCACACGGGGGGACCUAGUGAAUGACCUGCAGAGAGCUGGGACCAAAGUAACAAAGCCUACCAUCAGUAACACACUACGCCGCCAGGGACUCAAAUCCUGCAGUGCCAGACGUGUCCCCCUGCUUAAGCCAGUACAUGUCCAGGCCCGUCUGAAGUUUGCUAGAGUGCAUUUGGAUGAUCCAGAAGAGGAUUGGGAGAAUGUCAUAUGGUCAGAUGAAACCAAAAUAUAACUUUUGGUAAAAACUCAACUCGUCGUGUUUGGAGGACAAAGAAUGCUGAGUUGCAUCCAAAGAACACCAUACCUACUGUGAAGCAUGGGGGUGGAAACAUCAUGCUUUGGGGCUGUUUUUCUGCAAAGGGACCAGGACGACUGAUCCGUGUAAAGGAAAGAAUGAAUGGGACCAUGUAUCGUGAGAUUUUGAGUGAAAACCUCCUUCCAUCAGCAAGGGCAUUGAAGAUGAAACGUGGCUGGGUCUUUCAGCAUGACAAUGAUCCCAAACACACCGCCCGGGCAACAAAGGAGUGGCUUCGUAAGAAGCAUUUCAAGGUCCUGGAGUGGCCUAGCCAGUCUCCAGAUCUCAAUCCCAUAGAAAAUCUUUGGAGGGAGUUGAAAGUCUGUGUUGCCCAGCGACAGCCCCAAAACAUCACUGCUCUAGAGGAGAUCUGCAUGGAGGAAUGGGCCAAAAUACCAGCAACAGUGUGUGAAAACCUUGUGAAGACUUACAGAAAACGUUUGACCUGUGUCAUUGCCAACAAAGGGUAUAUAACAAAGUAUUGAGAAACUUUUGUUAUUGACCAAAUACUUAUUUUCCACCAUAAUUUGCAAAUAAAUUCAUUAAAAAUCCUACAAUGUGAUUUUCUGGAUUUUUUUUUCUCAUUUUGUCUGUCAUAGUUGAUGUGUACCUAUGAUGAAAAUUACAGGCCUCUCUCAUCUUUUUAAGUGGGAGAACUUGCACAAUUGGUGGCUGACUAAAUACUUUUUUCCCCCACUGUAUAGUCCUUGGCCUAUAUCGUAAUCUGACUUUGAUGCAGGUCAUAUUGUUCUUCACAUUACUGUCUCUGGUAAACACACACUAUAUCAAAUAAAAUCAAAGUUUGUUUUUCACAUGCACAGAAUACAGAAGGUGUAAAUGGUACAGUGAAAUGGUUACUUGCAUAUUUGCCUAGUAGCAAUAUCAAAAAUAGAAAGUGUCCAGAUAAAAAUAUUUUAUAAAUAUUUUAUAAUUAUUAGAUGAUGCUUACCCAGACACCUGUCUAAAUUGAGGGGUCAUGUGAAAUAAAUGCUAUAACCACCCCCCAGCCACAUCUAGCUAAGUGGAUGGGUCCCAUGUAGCUCAGUUGGUAGAUCAUGGCGCUUGCAACGCCAGGGUUGUGAGUUUGAUUCCCACGGGGGGCCAGUAUGAAAAAAUGAAAAAAUGUAUGCACUCACUAACUGUAUGUCGCUCUGGAUAAGAUCGUCUGCUAAAUGACUAAAAUGUAAAUGUGAAAUGUCACUAUUUUCUAGACAUUUUCAUAAAAUACAACAGAUGGCUGUAAUCACCCCCAGACACACCUGGCUAACUUGAGGGGUCAUGUAAUCAUCUAUCAUCUGGCGAAGUGGAGUCUUUUUUUAAACAUAGCUAGUUAGCUAAACAAUGAACCAUAAUCCCAACCCAUACUACUAGCAAUACAAAACAGAUUGUCAUAGCUAGCCACCAUUCAUGAAAUGCUGUAGUAUGAAUCUGCAGGUAGCUAACCAACUAGGUUCAAUGUUAUCUAGAUAGUUAGCCUUACAAUAUGUUAUAACUAGCAAUGCAAAUGGAUUUCUGAGACACUAAUAAUAUUACUACACAGAUCAUACAUGUAAUGUUAGCUAGCAGUACGCUUGAACUUUCAAUGAAAACACAUUUCUGACAAAAUUAGAAACGUAUAAUAUCUGAAAAUGUAGCUAGACUCUUACCCGUAUACAUGGACGAACGCUUCACAGCAGACUUGAACCCCUUUAACUUUUUUUUUGUACAGCUUGUUUAGCCUGCAUUGUGUCAAGUCACUCCGGUUCAUGCUGACUGUGUGCAGAAAGUAGUCCAUCGCUAAAUUCAGGGCAGUAAUGUUGUUGAGAGCAGUAGAAACACUUUUGCAGUUCUCCAUGGCUAACGUUAUAUCUUUCAAAAAAGCUGCAGUAGCAAUGAUUAUCUACACACACUGAGCAGCUCAUGUUAUAGACAGAAGCAUGCUACAUGGCAGACCAAUCCGAACUCAUCUCUCGGCAUGUCCAGCCCAUCCAUUAUCUCAGGCAAUCAUAGCUAGCGGGAAGGUUCCUGUCUUUUUCCAUGGCUAAACCAACUAGGCUUGUAAUUUAACAAUUUUAUUUAUAUUUACAGAUGACAUACAAGUUUGUUUUUAAGGCACAUGAAGGUUCACAUGUUCCAGAAGGCAUUUCUGCCAAAAAAAACGAAUUGCCUCUCCUGUGACUUGCGACAUACGCCUAGCUUCCUGAAAUGGGUCACAUUUAUUAAAAGCAUUUCUUUCGCCAGUGAGAGAGGUCACUGUCUUGUUACUCCUGUCGAGGUCUGCCCUCCCUCCUCCUCCUGAGAGGAGACAGUCUGGACAGAGAGGCCAGCCAGGUCGCCCGCUCGGUAGAGCCACUGAGAAAGACGGAUGGGUCAUUGCCCUCUGCCAAAGGAAAAACAAACGGGGCGAGAUGACAUUGACAAAUGACAAACCACACAAAUCGUAAACAUCAGACCAACCCUGACCCCUUCCACUCAAAAUAUGACAUCACUUCUAUCCAUUCUAUGUAUUGAUAACUCUAGUCUAGGCUGAAAUCUGUUUUUAUUUUCUUGCUUUUUUGUUUGUUUGUGUGUUUGUGUAGAACACAGUGGAUAAGCUGAUUAAGAAGACUAACCUUGCUCUGGUGGUGGGCAGCAGUAGCUGGAGAGAGCAGUUUGUCAAUGCUGUCACUGUCAGUGCAGGUGAGUGCCUCUCUCUCCUUCACUCCUAAAUCUCUGGGACAGACUCACUAACGCUGCAUGCUCUUGUAUUAAUGGAGAGUUAGAAGUGUGGUGUUCAGGUCAGAGAAAUCACACUCUCUACUUUGGGAGGUAGCAGUAAUGAAGUCACAGACAUGCAAAGUUGCUGUUUGAAAAUGUAUAGAUGCAAGAAGCAGUGUCAAGUUCAACUUCAUCCCAAGCAAAGCAAUAAAAGGGUAAUGAAUUUCGAAACUAUAUAAUUGCACCAACAUUCACACUUUUAACACACACUUUUAUUUUCCUACUAGCACUGACUUUGUUGAUAACUACUGUACCUUAUUGAGGAAAAAUGGCCUUACUAUGACUGUGAUAUGUUGUUGUCUCACCUAACUAUCUUAGGAUGAAUGCACUAACUGUAAGUCGCUCUGGAUAAGAGCGUCUGCUUGCUAAAUUACUCAAAUGUAAAAUGUAACUGUAAUUUUGUACCACAUAAAAGUUGAAUAAAACGCUGUAUCUCAUUAGAAUGAUUUGUACUGCAUGUGUAAACACCUCUGUCAUUCUCUCCCCCAGGGGAUGAUGAUGAGGAGGAGAGUGGGGAGGAGCGCCUGCCAUCCUGUUUCGACUACAUCAUGCACUUCCUCACAGUGUUUUGGAAGGUUCUGUUCGCCUUUGUCCCGCCCACAGAGUACUGGAAUGGCUGGGCCUGCUUCUUUGUGUCCAUCUCCCUGAUUGGUGUUCUGACGGCUGUGACCGGGGACCUGGCCUCUCAUUUUGGCUGCACAGUAGGGCUCAAGGACUCUGUCACUGCCGUAGUAUUUGUGGCUCUGGGGACUUCCGUUCCAGGUGGGUGCCUGUCUAUCUCUGUGUAGCCUACUCUCUCUGUCUGUCACUCUUUCUCUGGGCUGUAUCUGUGUCAUGUCUCUGUCAGAAUCAGUUACUGUUUUCUAACUGUCUAUUUCUACUUACUUAAUGUUCUCCCAGACACCUUUGCCAGUAAAGUGGCGGCCAUCCAGGACCAGUACGCUGAUGCCUCCAUCGGCAACGUAACGGGCAGUAAUGCGGUGAACGUGUUCCUGGGCAUCGGCGUGGCAUGGACCAUCGCGGCUGUCUACUGGAAGACCAAGGGCAAGAAGUUUCUUGUAGAGACUGGCUCGCUGGCCUUCUCCGUCACCCUGUUCACCAUCAUGGCGUUUGUGUGUGUCCUGGUGCUGAUGUACCGCCGCCGGGCC